AUUCACAAGAACGAUAUUGUUCACACCGAUCUCAAAAUGGAAAACGUGGCAUUUUCUGCCGUGAGAAAGAAACGCCUCGGGAGAACCUCAUCCGAUUUAUUAGUCAAGAUCAUCGACUUUGGUGUUGCCGAUUCUACCCCAGAGGACCGACAUAGGACUAUUACCGCUCCUUACUAUCGAAGUCCAGAAUCUUGGCUAGACCUUAGCUGGGGUCCAUCUACCGACAUAUGGUCGUUUGGGGCUAUUAUCGGCUCCCUCCUCAUGGAGCCAGGAGCUUCGUUGCUUAAGCUCGUUGGUAACCCCGGAGGGUUUGACCGACUAUAUCGGGACCUGGCACCACUUCGAGCUGCGUUACUUGAGCUCGUUGAGAACUCCGGACAGGUUGACCAAAUAUGUCGGGACUUGGAAUCACUUCGAGCUCUAUGUACGUUCGUCCCAUUCCCUCCGACCCUCUUGAGUCGACUGUCACCAGAAGUACAGGAGAUGAUUAGCCGUCUCGAGCCGACAGUCGCGGUCAACGGGAAGCCAAUGACUCUAAGCUAUCUUGGCGAAGUUUCUUGUGCUGACGAAGGUGGUUGGGACUUUGUAACGGCUGCUAUGGACCCUGACCCAGAGGAGCGGCCGACGGCCACGCAGCUUCUCCAGCACCCUUGGCUUAGGAUAUAGUAUUACGUGUAAAUCGGGAGCUUGGGAAUGUACAAUACAUAGAUAUGCGUUAAUGAGUGAAAUGUGGAACUGACAGG